GACAGCAGAUCAGUCAUGACUAUUCAACGAUUGGUAUAUAUAGCCGCGUUCUUUACAACUACUUGUCAACAGCCUUCAUCAACAGACACCUGCAGAUCCAACAAGAUCUGAAACAAGACUGUUGUAUACUCGGCGUGGUUACAAAAGGUCAAAAUGCUGGCAUUCACUGUACUACUGGUAGCCUGCGUGGUGGCCGGAAGCUCAGCUACCAAGUCCAGUGGUAUUAGCUUAGGACAAAUCUCAGGCAGCAGUGGAAGUAUCAGUCGGCAGUUAACCUUAGCCCCACGGAUGUCAAUGCAACAAUACAGGCUGUCGCGUCCAAGUAUCUAUACCAGGAGAUCAGUUCGUCGUACUUAUCCUGCUCCGAAAUACAGGUCUUACAGUUCCGGAGCUGGUAGUUAUGCAACCAAUAUGUACAACGAUAACUCGCAGGGACUUUUAGGAGGCAACGCAUACCUUUCAGCUCCAUCAUAUACAGGAUCGAGUGGAUCAUAUAUAAUCCCAACUGCCUAUCAAACAGGUUUUUCUUCGCCGGCAUUUUCCGGAUCAUCACAACAGGGAUCAUACGUAAUGCCAAGCACCUACCAGACAGGUGGUACAUAUAACAUCGGUUUAGGAGCACCAGGGACUACGUUAAAUGACGCGCGGUCAUCUCUUUUUCUUCUGAAUCAACCUACAUAUUCAUCUGGCACAUUCGGUAGCAGCCAACUCAUGGCCCCAAUAUCGCCAAAGACCGGUCAUAUGGGUAGCUACUAGCCUGGGCAAUGUACCACGACGUUGGAUCGCAGAGAAGCAGUUCGAUGGAUGCGAACUUAUUUGAAUGUAUAUGAAUGUUUGUAUUUUGUCAUAUAAAGAAGCUAUAUUAACUAC